AAAAUAGUUAAUAUGGCAAGUCAAAAUCAAUACAUGGCCCCUAGUGCCCGACAGGCGUUCAAUCGUCAAGGGGUGCUAAGAAUCCCCGGGAGGAAACUUAAAAUUGCUACGUGGAAUGUUAAGACAUUGUAUAGAGCAGGCAAAUUAGCAAACGCUGAAAACGAGAUGAGACGAAUGAAGUAGGGCAAUCAGGUAUAGGAGUGCUGGUAACAGCAUCCAUGAAACAACACACGAAGGGUUUUCUACCAGUCAGCGACAGAGUAAUGAUCAUCAAAUUAAAUGGACAACCAUUCGACAUUAAUAUAAUACAGGUAUACGCCCCGACAGCAGACAGCACAGAUGCAGAUCUUGAGAUUUUCUACUCCGAUAUUAAAAAG